ACCGCCGCCCAUUGAAGUUCUGGCCGUUUUCUACGUGGGUUUUGGCCUUUUUCUGAUAUCUCCGAUUCAAUGAAACUUCAUGGAGCUUAUUGACUUUUUCGUUUGCAGCAUUUGGGCAUUCUGAAAUCAAUAUAUUUGUAUGAGAUGGAUGGUGUGGGCUAUUUUUGUUUAUCGAAUUUGGUAUUCAAAAUUACAAUUUAGUUAAAACGACUUAAAGAUCUAGAGAUUCUUCUUCUUCUGAGACUUAGAAUUGAUUCUCAUUUUUUGGUUUCAUGUCAAGAAGGGCAGGAGCUUUGUAUGUAUAUUGUCUUAAGGAGACCACCCAAAAAUGCCAUUCAGGAGAACAAGUUGAAGGUGCCAAGUACAUUAAGAAAUUUUCUAGGGUUCUACAGUGCAGGUUCAGAUCAGAGGCAAAGUAAAUCUGUUUUGGGUAUUUAGUUGGGUAUGUUGGUGGUGGAGGACAGCUUUUGCCAACUAUAGGAAACAUCACUUUUGCAGGAUCCAAAGCUUUUCCAUGGAUAAGAACUAGGUAUCUAACAAUGCCCAAAGGGAAGGUGGUCCGGCUAUAGCAGAAGUUUGACAAUGAAAAUGCUUUGAAUUGGUGAGCUAGGACUUCCAAAUUUCAAUCGUAUUUCGUGCGUUGAAAGGAAUUUUGCAGCUGCCCAAUCUUUCAGUUACUUAGAUGUGGAUCGACGGCGGCAGACCCAAUGGAGAAAAGAAAAAAAUUAAGUCCACUUGCAGCUAGACUGGUGCAAUUGUGAAAAAAUUUGCCUUGGACUAUCUUUUUAUCCUUUUCCCUAUUGGAUUGAGUUGACUUGGAUUAUUUUAAGAAAUUGUCUCUCUUUGUUUUGACAUCGUCUACAAGGACUUAGUUUUCCUCAUACGCUCCACAAAUUUCUCUUAUUCAUUCAUCUCUUGACCCCUUGGAGCUUUGUUUGAUGGCUGCUACAACAGAUCAGGCUGCCUCUUCUUCCAUGUCUCAGUGUGCUUAUCAUGUGUUCUUGAGUUUUAGAGGCAAAGACAUCCGCAAGACUUUUAUUGACCACCUCCAUACAGCCUUGGAGCAAGCAGGAAUACACUCUUUUAGAGAUGAUGAUGAAAUUGAGAAAGGAGAAGAUAUUGAGUCAGAGCUUAGGAGAGCAAUACAACAAUCAAGGGUUUCGGUAAUUGUUUUCUCAAAAAACUAUGCUUCUUCAGGAUGGUGCCUUGACGAACUUGUGAAUAUUCUCCAACAAAGGAAGACCACUGGGCAGGUUGUCUUGCCCGUUUUCUAUGAUGCGGAUCCAUCCCAUGUCAUGAACCAGACUGGGACCUUUGGAGAAGCAUUUGCUAGACAUGAAGAGGAAGCAAACAUGGAAAAUGAUGAAAGAAAAAAGGAAUGGAUGGACAGAAUGAAGAGGUGGAAGGAAGCUCUCACGGAAGUUGUAAAUCUAGGCAGAAAGAUCCUUCAGAGUAAUGCUUUCGAGCACGAAUCGCUGUUCACCCAGGAAAUUGUUCAAGAGAUAGGGAAGAAAUUGAAUCGCACAGUUUUCAUGGUUGCCCAAUAUCCAGUUGGUCUAGAUUGGCGAGUCGAAAAAAUCAACUUGUGGUUACAAGAUGGGUCAAGUGAUGCUGUGAUAGGGGUAAUACAUGGGAUGGGAGGAAUGGGGAAAACAACCAUUGCCAAAACCAUUUAUAACUUAAACUUUGAAAGAUUUAAAUAUAGAAGUUUUCUUGCUGAUAUUAGAGAAGCUUCAAAGCGACCAAAUGGCUUGGUUCGUUUACAAACUCAACUUCUUGAAGAUAUUUUGAAGGGGAGGAAGCAAAAGAUACAGAGCAUUGAUGAUGGAAUCAUUAAGAUAAAAAAUGCGAUAUGUGGUAGAAAGGUUUUCGUUGUUCUAGAUGAUGUAGAUCAAUUAGAUCAAUUAAAUGCAGUAUUUGGAAUGCAAGACUGGCUUUACCCUGGAAGCAAAAUCAUCAUAACGACUAGAAACGAGAGGUUGAUAAAGGCUCGUGGAACAUGCAAGAUGUUUAAGGUUGAUCAAAUGGAUAAUAAAGAAUCAUUUGAACUCUUUUGCUGGCAUGCUUUUGGCAAAGCUCGUCCUGAUGAGGGCUAUAUGGAGCUAUCACUUAAUGCACUACAGUACUGUGGGGGGGUUCCUUUAGCCCUUCAAGUGUUGGGUUCCUCUCUCCAUGGCAGAAGUGUAGCGGUGUGGGAAAGUGCAUUGAAAAAAUUGAAAGCAAUCCCAAAUAAUGAUGUCCUAGAAACACUAGCAGCAAGCUUUGAGUCUCUGCAAGAUGAUCUGGACAAGAAACUAUUCCUACAUAUUGCUUGUUUCUUUGUUGGAAAGGACAAGGACUACACAGUUAAGGUAUUAGAUGAAUGUGAACUCUACCCAACAGUUGGAAUUCAUAGCCUUGUGGAUAGAUGUUUAAUUACAAUUGAUGAUGGCCGUAAGUUGAGGAUGCAUCAAUUAAUCCAAGACAUGGCAAAGGAAAUUAUACGGAAAGAAUCACCUGAAGAGCCAGGGAGAAGGAGCUUCUUGUGCCAUGAAAAGGAUUCUUGUUAUGUAUUGAGUACAAAAACUGGCACAGACAGGAUUCAAGGACUCAUCCUCAACAUGGAUAUGGUAAUGGAAGAAAAUUCUCCGGGGACAAACUUUAAUGUUAACAAUAGAAAAAGACACCAUGUGCAAGAUAAUCCAGAGCGUUCCAUUUUGCCAUACCAGGGGAAUCCACCAAAACGGCAUCAAAUUGACUUCUUCUCCUGGCAACCGAUAGCUACUGCAUUAACUAAAUUAUUUCCUGUACCAGAUGAAGUGAACUUGUCAACUGAUGCCUUUGCUAUGAUGCAUAAUCUGAAACUACUUAAGCUUAAUCACGUGCAAGUCAGUGGAAGCUAUAACGAGUUCCCCAAAGAGGUGAGAUGGUUGUGUUGGCAUGGAUUUGCUUUGAAAUAUAUACCUAGUGAUUUUCCUUUGGAGAGCCUGGUUUCACUUGACAUGCAAAAGAGCAGCUUGAAGCAACUCUGGAAGGGAACCAAGUCUCUUAGAUCGUUGAAAUUUCUGAACCUCAGCUAUUCCUAUAGCCUUACCACAACCCCUGACUUCUCAGGGCUCCCUAGUCUCGAGAGACUAGCGCUCAAGUAUUGCACAAGUUUGGUAAAGGUUCAUGAAUCCAUUGGAGACCUAGAGAAACUUGUUUAUUUAAAUCUUAGAGGCUGUGAAAAACUUAGGGAGCUUCCAAAAGGAAUUAGUUGCCUAAAGUCAGUUGAGAAACUCAUUCUGUCCGGUUGCUCAAUGCUUCAAAGGUUGCCUAUGGAGCUCGAGAAGAUGGAGUCUUUGACUGAGAUACAUGCUGGUGGGACAGCUGUAAAUCAAUCACGCUUUGCCACUAGAAAGGGUGAUUGGUGGCGUAACCUCUUCUGGUCAAGGGCACCAAGGCCAAGCAAGAAUGUGGAUUUCCCAUUGUUUUCUUUACCUUGCACUUUAGUAAAGCUAAGACUUGGCGAGUGUAGUUUGUCAGAUAACAUUAUGCCAAAGGACUUCAGUGGCCUACCAUCAUUGUUAGAAUUGGAUCUAAGCGUAAACCCAAUUACUAGCUUGCCAGAUAGCAUGAAAAGCCUUACCAUGCUCAAGUCCCUCUUUUUACAUUCAUGCACGAGUCUCCAGUCACUUCCGGAGCUCCCAUCGAGUUUAAAGCAAAUUGUUUUAAAUGAUUGCAAAUCAAUGAAAAGAAUGGUAAUGACUCCUAGCCUGUUGAAAUCAAUGAGCUCCAAGCUUCUAGAUGGUUGCAACAGACUAACUAACAUUGAUGGCUUGUUCAAGUUGGAACUCAUCGGAAACUUUGAUGCACAAAUCAUCGACAAGUUGGGCUUGGUUAACUUGGAAUCCAUGGGAACUGUUGAGGUGGAAUUAUGCAACCGGUUAACUUCCACUAGACAGAAACUUCCCAUCCAGGGGCUCUUGGAAUUUGGUAUAUUCAGCACUUUCCUUCCUGGGAGCAGGGUUCCAGAUUCGUUCAGCCAUAAGAGUACUGGAUCCUCCACAUCUUUUACUGUCCCUUGGUUUUUUAAUCUCAAGAUCCUAGGCUUGAGGUUAUGCGUUGCUUAUUUACAUUCUGACCGUCACAAAGGUGGGCGGUUUUAUGAGUUUUAUAUGAAAAUCACCAAUAACACCAAGGGCUUAGAGUGGACUUAUGGUCCAACUUUCUAUGGCAAUGAACCAGAAGAUAUACUAUGGCUAAGCCACUGGAGUGUCAGGAAUCAGUUUCAAGGUGGUGAUGAGGUGAAUGUUUCAGUGGUUGUGGGGUAUGGUUUUCAGGUGAGAGAGUUGGGAAUUGACGUUAUGUAUGAUCAAGAACAGAGUUCGAGCCAAUCCGAUGGCGAAAAGGAAGUAAUCCAACAUAGAACCUGUUCUGUUUAUGGGAAUGUCCUCGAUGGAGAUUUAUCACUAUAUCAGUUGAACGAAGGUGCGUAUGUUCUCUGCCACCAUGAUCUAUAUCACCCGUUCUAUUCCAGUGAAGACUUUUCAGAUGAUGAAAGCUGGGGCGACCCCACUGUGAAAGACCCUUCAAUUUGGCCUCCAAUUUUUUCUACAGAUGAAGAAGAAGAGGGUGAAGAAUAUGAGGACAGUGAUGAGGAUUUUUGAACUUUCUUGCAGAUUUGGGGUAUUCUUUCCUCAUGAAUACAACAAUUGAAAGUUGUUUGUUUCGAGAAAGCUCAACAAAAGCUCGUCAUGGCUAUGCAAAAGGACAAGGUCUGCUCGAAAGGGGUCACCUGAAGAGGGUCUUGUAGAAUGAUAGCUUCGGAAGGAGAAGGGUCCUCAGGUAUGAGAGGUUGCGAAAGGGUUUUCCAAGGAGAGUUGCGUGGAAGAUUCUUUCGAAGAGGUCUUUGGGAAAGCUCCAGGUCUUUUGACCUGUACGACAGAAGAUAGUCAAAAGACACAUGUAGAUUUCUCUCGUACGGGCCUUCCAAUGCCUAAGUUAAACGUGGCCAUAUUGUUGAAGGAUGCAGGUGCAAUGCGAAUGAGUGUCGGAUGGUGUUCCUGGAAUAGAGGAGGGUUUUUGAAAGAGUAUAUGCUAAAUAGUUGGAGAUAAAUUUUAGGUCCGAAAAAAUGAUCCAAAAGAUGAGGGGGUUCAGAGGGUAUUUAUAUGCCUCAAAGGAUUGGGUUACGUGACAGACCAGGACAUGUGGCACACAUGCAUAAGAGCACUUAGCACAACUCUUUAAAUAAGGUGUUCAAUUGUCCUUGAGUUAGAAUUCGAGAAAACCUUGGUAGGGUUAAGCCUUCGGGGAGGCUAACUCUCGAAAGGUCUUCGAAAGACUACAUAGGCCUUUGGGGAAGCUAGUCCUCAAAGGUUUUUUGGAAGGCUACCUAAGUCUUUGGGGAGUAAGGCCCUCGAAGAUCUUUCCGAGAGAAGACAUUCUCCCAGGCUCAUAUUGACUUCUCCGAAAGAACUCCCUCAGGCCCUUUGGAGGUAAGCUCGUGGUGGGUAUGUUGCAACAAUAUGAAACUACAAAAUGUAUAAAAUUUCUAAUUGUAGAGUAUUAUUCUAUGGAUGAUUGUAAUCUAUUUGAAGGAUGAAUAUCUUAUUUCCUCUUACAUUUUGGAUGUAAUAUUUGCUUAACCUAC